AUGUUUCACACUCCGCCCACAAACCCAAAUCACGAGGUCUGGUCUUCAGAGACGGCUUUGAAGAACUCGUAUUUUUCUUCAUACGAACCGGAAGCGGAAGCUACUGAAAUUCACCAAAUAUCAACGGUGGCACCCCAGCUGGCUAAGCCGGCAGAACCCGUUGUUCCGGGUGCUAAAGAUGAUUCUAACACAAUGGCCAAAGAUGCCAUAUUGCCAACAGAGGAGCCUGCUACUAUUGCUGGAGAAAAUACGAUUCAAGAAGCACCAAAAUUGGAUGACACCUUGCCGCCUCAGCUACAACGUGAAUUGGAUAACUUUGCCAAGUUCCUAAAGGAACCCAGAUUCACCAAGCCCUUGUCAAUGUACGACAUAGCAAACCUUUUUCAAAAAUUCUAUCUUGAUUUCAACGAAAAAAGUGUCAGAUUUGUGAAGGGAGGUCUUCCUGAAUUGAAGCUCACGAAGAGACGAAGCAGAGUGUCAUCCAUACCUCUGUUGGAUCCAAAUGAGAUUGCAAUGAAAAAGUCCCAGGAAAAGCUCAACAGUGUUAAGAUUCAUCAUUACAACUUAUUGAUAGAAAAACUGGCUUGCAAAAGAUUCUACGACUCGAUUUUGGUACCCAAAUCUGGAUUGCCCACUGAUUUGGCUGAGCUACAGAUCAACGAGAUGUUGAAUAAGAAGUUGGGUAUCUUGUUCAAAAUGAACGUGUCUUUGAAAAGCUUGGAUAUAGAGUUGCCGGUUGAGGAGGAAUUUUUUAUUUGCAAGCUGGACGAGGCUGUGAUUCCCCAAUUCGUCACUAUGGCCGUGGAAACCUCACCCAUUUGCAAGUUGAGAUGCCUCUACAGGGUCCACGAGGAGAUCAGCGAGGUUGUGAAGGCGAUUCAAGCAGAUUCUGAAGCUUCUUCUUCCGCAUCUUCGUCUUCGUCGAAACAAUUGCACAUGAACACAGACCUGUACCUUCCCGUGCUGAUCUUCUGUAUCAUGAACCUUCGAGAGUUGCACAAAAUUGAUAUAUAUCAACAGUUACAGUUCAUCAAACGAUUCAAGAAUGAGGUAUUUUUCGAGACUGGUCUUCUGGAUGAACACGAUGAUGGCAGCAGCAAUGAGAGAGGCGAGCUUCUGUAUGUGUUGACCAACUUGGAGGCCAGUAUCAUGUACUUGGGAAGUUGCACAGCCGAAAAUUUAUCCCUGGAAGUCACAUCUGAUAUUCUGGAUGAAUUGGACCCAGAAGCAGUUUUGCUUGACGAUGACCAGAGAAUACAGAGACACGCUGAGAUUCUGGAACUUUUGGCCAAACCAAUCUCGUUUGAGGCUGCCUCUGUAAGCCCAACCCCCACAUCACAGCACACCAGAUCAAGGCGCCCUUCUAAACAGUCGAGCAAUAGUGGAUCGAGAAAGAGCUCAUUCAGCAACGUUAGCGAGGAGAAUGCUACAACCGUGCCAGCCAAUUCCUCCAGGUUUUCUCUUCUCAACGGACCUGCUGACUUCUCUCUCUACAAUGCUGACCAGGGUCUGCGUACUAUCAGCACAGCGGUUGACUCCAGUUUCCGCAGUAUCUUGGGCAGAUUUUCGUCUACAGAAUUGCCCUCGUGGACUGCUGUCAGUGCUCACCAUGACCCGAACGAGAUCAGCGAGGAAACCAAGUCCCAGAUCGAAGAGAGCUUGCAGUCAAUGCAUGUAUCGUCCAUCGGCGAGAACAAUGCAAAGCAAGAGCAAACUCAUGAUCAGAAAAUCACGCCUACUUCGUCCAUUUCUACCACUUCGACAGUCAACAGUGGUGGGAACCACUCGCUUAACUCCACCGGAAGCAACACAGUGAGACCCCCACCAAUCGCGAUACUUCCUGAGAAAUCAGAACCUACCACUUUUUCCACCAUCCCGCUUUCUCCUGCCAAUGGCGAUCGUUUCACGGCCUUCAACAAGAUCACCAGCAGUGUGAAUGGGGUGAUGAAGAACUUCAGACCUUUGAGCGCUUCCUCAUCCUCAACUUCUCUCAGCAACAAUCUAGAAACAUCAGCACCGCUCUUCGAAACUGUUUCACCAAACAGACAGGGCAAUUCCAGAUCUAGAAGCAGAACUGCUAGUUUUAUGUCUAGCUCUAUCUUCGGUGGUGGUCAGCCUGCUUCCAACAGCAGUGCACCCACUUUGAAUUCCGUACACAGAAGCAGUUUAUUUGGAACCAUAGAGAAUGCUAUAGAGAAAACCACCAAGACAAGAUCCCGUGGGAACAGUAUGUUGAGCGACCCAGGCCGCGAGAUACGAGCCUCCGACGCGGAUACGGCCUCUGUUUCCACCGGUGAUCUUUCCUCGGCAAUAGUGAAGCUGGAGCCGGAUCUGAAACAGCUGAACAGGUUUGAGAACAAAGAGUUCACAGAGUUGUCUGUUUCGGAGCUGAACGAGAUGUUCAACAAUUACAAGCUGAUCAUGGACCGUCUUCAAUAG